AUGGCAGCGUAUACAUUACCGGAGGGAUUCACGGAUUUCGACAUGUUUACAUUCGGAACAGCGCUUCUUGUUGGAGGCAUGCUGGGAUUCUUCCUCAAUGUGAUCAGCAUCUUGUCUUUCAUCAGAGUGAAGGAGAUGAGGACUCCCAGUAACUUCUUUGUGUUCAAUCUCGCCAUUGCUGACCUCAGUUUAAAUAUUAAUGGACUUGUAGCAGCGUAUGCAAGUUAUCUCAGAUAUUGGCCGUUUGGCGUUGAGGGAUGUAACUAUCACGGUUUUCAGGGGAUGGUAUCAAUCCUGGCAUCCAUCAGUUUCUUGGCUACUGUUGCCUGGGAUAGAUAUCACCAGUACUGCACCAGACAGAAGCUCUUCUGGAGCACGACUCUGACCAUGUCCUGCCUCAUCUGGGUCAUGGCCAUCUUCUGGGCUGCUGUUCCUCUCAUGGGAUGGGGCGUCUUUGACUUUGAGCCAAUGAAGACCUGCUGCACACUGGACUACACCAAAGGGGACAGGGAUUAUGUGACAUACAUGCUAUCUCUGGUGGUGUUCUACCUGUUGUUCCCGGCUUUCACCAUGUGGUCAUGCUAUGAUGCCAUCCACAAACACUUUAAGAAGAUCCAUCACUACAGGUUUAACACCAGUGUGCCUUUGAGAGUGCUGUUGAUGUGCUGGGGUCCAUACGUCAUCAUGUGUGUCUACGCCUGCUUUGAAAACGCCAAACUCAUAUCUCCAAAGUUGAGGAUGGUGCUUCCAGUCCUCGCAAAGACAAACCCCAUCUUCAACGCUCUCCUCUACACAUUUGGAAAUGAGUUCUACCGAGGCGGCGUGUGGCACUUCCUCACCGGACAGAAGAUCGUCGAUCCGGUUAUUAAGAAGAAAUAAAAGGAAAAUGAAGGAUGUUCUGGUAAACAUCCAAUGUCAUCAGUUUCUCUUAUCAUAGGAUGGUUAUAGUCUUGGUAAUGUGUUGUACACAUAAGUGAGCAAUGAGAUGUCAGCACAGUUUUUCACUGAAACUCACACUACUGCUACUGUAGCCUCAUCCUGAAUUUGUGUUAUUCACAGAUUUUCAAUUAUUGUAUUUUUUUUUCAGCAAAUUGUUUUUACUGCUCAUCCGUCCAUCUUAGACCUCACACAAUAAACACAUUAUGUUGCCACAUUUGUGACUCUACACUUCA